AUGGACAAUAAGUACACACCAAUCUCUAGAAGAACAAUUUCUGAGAAACAGAUACCAGUGUUGGUAAAGACUGUCAAGGAAACUGUUUUAAAGAAGCUGGAGUCAUCUGUUUCUUUAACAACUGAUCUCUGGUCUGAUCGUAGGCUGCGCUCCUUUGGAGUGACUGCCCAUGUGUGCAACAAAUUGAAGGAUUCAGAUUCCUAUGCACUUGAAUCGUACUUGCUGGACUGUAGGCAUUUUACAGGCAGACAUAGUGAGGAGCGAAUUGCUUCUGCCUUUGAGGAGAUCACAGAGGAAUAUGGUAUACGUCAGAAGAUAAGUUAUAUCAUCACAGACAAUGCUGCUAAUAUGAAAUGCACUUUCAAAGUUCACAUGCCACAACAACAGUCUGAUGACAGUGAGAGUGAGGAGGAGAAUCUAGAUGAUGAACACUUGUGGGAGGACAUGAAUUUAGUGGAAGACACAGAAUUACCAUGGUCAUCAGACACUUUGAUCUCAGAGGUGGAGAAAAUAAGCAGUGAAGGAGAAGCAACUCACUCAGAGGCCAUGAAUGUGGAUCCACCCAGUGAUUCGCCACCAGUCAAAUUCCCGCGCCUUCUGUCCCUCUACAAGGCUCACAAGAAGCGCAGCUCAACAAGCCAGGAUUCAAGUAUUGAAACACAGAUAAGCAAAUACUUUGAUGCGAUCCAUGAUACAGAUACUGACACUGAUAAUGCACUCUCCUUCUGGGCCAAAAACCAUGACAGAUACCCUCAACUCCACAAUGUGGCCAUGAAGGUGCUGUCGGUCCCUGCCUCCUCUGCACCAGUGGAGAGGGUUUUUAGUAGAGGGGGCAUUAUAAUGAGACCCCAUCAUGCACGUUUGGGUCACAAAAUGUUGCAAUCUCUAAUUUUUCUUAAAUGUACCCAAAUGCUACUUUAA